AUGAGGGGUCAAAGGUCAGGGUUACGUGUGUAUGUGUGUCACUACUGUAAACUUGAGGUUAAUGAUUGAUGGUGGUUAGACGAUCUGAGUGCAGAGACACUGAGUGUUAGUCAUCCUGUGCUUGCCAGUGUGUGUGGAUCAAUUUGUGGUGAAGCCUUUGCAUUAGUCUGCAUGUGUCAUGUCUGAGAAGUUUGUAUGUGUUGCUGACUAUGAGUCUAUGGCCAAGAGAGUUCUGCCUAAAGCUGUGUUUGACUACUACUGCUCUGGAGCCGACGAGCAAGAGACACUGGCAGAAAACACCUCUGCUUUUUCCAGAUGGCGUCUGCUCCCUAGGGUGCUGAGAGAUGUGUCCAGUGUGGAUCUGAGUGUUAGUGUGUUAGGCCAGCAAAUCAGCAUGCCUGUGUGUGUUGGGGCAACAGCUAUGCAAAGGAUGGCCCACCCUGACGGAGAGACGGCUACAGCCAGAGCAACCUACAGGGCGGGGACGGGGAUGAUGUUGAGUUCCUGGGCUACCUCCACUAUAGAGGAAGUGAGGUCCUCGGCUGGUGACGGCCUGCUCUGGAUGCAGCUCUAUAUCUAUAAGGAUCGAGACCUCACCCUGUCAUUGGUGCGGCGGGCCGAGGAUGCGGGAUAUAAGGCCAUCUUUGUUACUGUGGAUACACCCUACCUUGGAAAGAGACGAGACGAUGUGCGCAACCGCUUUAAGCUUCCCCCUAAUCUGAAGAUGACUAACUUUAGUUCAGCAGAACUGGCAUUCUCCAGUGCUGAGGGUUAUGGUGAAGACAGUGGACUGGCUGUUUAUGUCGCUCAGGCUAUUGAUCCUGCUCUUUGCUGGGAACACAUUGCUUGGCUGAAAAGAAGCACACACCUCCCGGUUAUCGUCAAAGGCAUCCUGAGAGCUGACGAUGCAGUGGAAGCUCUCAACCAUGGUGUAGAUGGUAUCCUGGUGUCUAACCACGGAGCCAGACAGCUAGACGGGGUCCCAGCUACGUUGGAUGUGCUGUCUGAGGUGGUGUCGGCGGUAGCAGGGAGAUGUGAGGUGUACCUGGAUGGAGGGGUGAGGAGGGGAACUGAUGUCUUGAAGGCCUUAUCUCUGGGGGCUACCGCAGUCUUCCUUGGAAGACCUGUACUCUGGGGACUCGCCUGCCAGGGGGAGCAGGGUGUCGUGGAUGUUCUGGAGCUUAUGAGAAAUGAGCUACACCUGGCGAUGGCCCUGGCAGGAUGUCGUUCAGUGGCAGAGAUUAACAGCUCUCUUGUAAGAAGACCUGAAUUUACCUCCAGGAUCUGAAGAGUACAGAUGUUGAAUUGACACCCACACACACAUUUAGAAGCACCAUCAGUGCCAUUGAUCUCAGCGGCACUGCCAGUAGUAAUUUUUGU